AUUUUUCUUCCGUGCAUUCUCGCAUGGUAUCAGAGCUUCAGUGAGAAUUAUCGUUGUGCGUCAUUCCAACGACAUUCGGGAAGAAAGAUCUCAUUGCCGUGCAAUUUUCCGGCAAUUUCGUCUUGUUCCCAGGGUUCAUCACUGCUACAAUGGUACUAUGCAUAUACCAGUACCACCAUCAGAUCUGAAACCCUUUUAUCAUGAAUAUCCUGAGGCUCAUCUUAAUAGAUGUUUCUAUAAUAAAUGCAGUGAACGAGUUGCAGUUGGUCGUGCACUUGACCUUCCUGUAUACUUUGGUGAUGCUGGUAGCCGAGAGGUUCUACAUAAAGUUGGAGCUGAAAGAGCAUGUGCUGCCGCAAUAACAUUAGAUACUCCCGGUGCAAAUUACAGAACUGUUUGGGCCUUGAGCAAGUACUUUCCCAAUGUGAAAACAUUUGUACGUGCUCAUGAUGUGGAUCAUGGCCUCAAUCUAGAAAAGGCUGGAGCAACAGCGGUUGUGCCUGAGACCUUGGAACCAAGCCUGCAGUUGGCCGCUGCUGUCCUUGCACAAGCUAAGCUGCCAAUGUCAGAGAUAGCGGCAACAAUCAACGAGUUUAGGUCCCGCCACCUCUCUGAGCUUACAGAGCUAUGUGAAACUAGUGGAAGUUCUCUAGGCUAUGGAUUUUCUCGUGUGGUGAAUAAAGGCAAAGUUCAGCCUCCAGAUUCUUCGGAUGAGAACCAAGUCAGUGAAGGAACACUAGCAAUAUGAUUACCAUUAGAAGAAACAGGGAUUUGCGUUGAUUGGACCCAAAAAAGAAGAAGAAGGAAUUGAGAAGGGAAGAUACUCCUGAUAAGUGUAUAGUGUUUUACUUAACCCCCCUGUUCUUGAAAAUUGUACAGAAGAAAUAUAGUACGUAGCAAGCAACAAGCUAUGCAGGAGAGCAAAUCUAUUGGCAUAACCCAAGGGCAGCUCAAGGGGAGGCUGGUUAAGCCUUUGCUUUAGGCUCCCAAAAUUUUGGGGCCCAGAAAACUUUUAAGGGCAAAAGCGUUUUUGAUCCCUGAAUUAUUAUUUUAUUCUGAUUUUAGUCCUCAAUUUAAAUGUGUGAUAUUGCUCCUUUAACUUUGACAUAUGUUAAUAAUUAACUUUAGUA